CAGGCUGUAGGUGAGAAGAUUAAUCUUGAGCUUUCCGCAAAUCACGAUAAGGUCAAACUCUUUACCAACCGGACAGGAAAACUCAUUUUUAUUACUUAAACAAAAAGACGCCUUUCAAUGAAAUCGAGUUUAAAAUCGACUCCCACGCGCGUUUCUUUUGCGACAAAAAGAAAAUUACUUUUAGAAACCUGUAGAAUAUCUUUUUUCUAACUCGGACCGGUUUGCGGAUAUGUCUCGUUCACGAUCGGUGUUGCUGGUGGGAGAAGGGAACUUCUCCUUUUCCGCUGCUUUGUGUCACUUGUCAUCGGAGAUGAGCGUCACUGCCACUUGUCUGCAGCCGCAGGAGGAGGCAAUGCGGCAGGAAGGCGCAUUCAAUAACAUGCAGAUCAUCAAGGACUCAGGUGGAAAGGUGAUUUUUGAGGUCGACAGCACAAAGCUUGGGGAAUGUGCAUCCCUCAGAGGGCAUUUGUUUGACCGCGUGGUCUUUAAUUUCCCUCACUGCGGGAGAAAGAGUGGCGUUAAAAAGAACAGGCAACUUCUCAAAGACUUUUUUCUCAGUUGCGUUCAGGUGUUAGCCGAAGAAGGGGAGGUUCACGUUUCCCUGUGCAACGGGCAGGGCGGUACCCCGGCCGACCAGCCGAGGCGAGAGCGCCACAACAGCUGGCAGGUGGUCGCCGUGGCGGCAGAGGCUAACCUCAUCCUUAGUGACGUUCGCCCUUUUGAGAGUGAAAAGUACCAGGGCUACAAGUGCACAGGAUACAGGAGCCAAGAUAAAGGCUUCCAUUUGGAGAAUGCUUUACUCCACGUGUUUACUCGCAGCGCCCCCUUCAGCUGCCCUCCUGUGCUUAAAAUGGAAGAAACUGUGGAAGGAGAGAAGGUCCAGUACGACAUUCCUGCAGAACUCAGCGAUUACAUGACUCGGUGUUUUCUCACCUCAGAUUCAGUCCAUCCUGUUAAAUUGGUGCAAGAUUUUCUUCUCGAAAGGCUGCGGGAAAAGUCGGUGGUCUCCAUGGUGACAGAGGCUCUUCCUGUCCUCCUCAGCGCCAAGCAGUUGCAGUUGUGCUGCCCUGACAUUGACCAUACACUUUUUUACUGGAUUCACGCGUGUCAGAAAAAGAUGAAAGCCGAGGCGUGUUGUAACACCACAGAGGAGUUGAAAUGUCAGGUUAGUGUUAGCUCAAAGCCAGCAAACCCAGCUGUGAGUUGUAAGGGAGUUGAAGGGAUGAGGUCAUUAUCCACCCAUGAUGUUGACCUUGAGGAGGAAACUGCUCUUUAUAUCCUGCGUCCCUCAUUGCGCCCCCAAAUGGAAGCACUUAUUGCUAAAAAAGCUGAGUGGACAGAAAUGGAAUAUCAGCAUGUCAAUGCAGAGAAUAGUCUAAACUGGAGCUUACUUGGUAUCAGUGGUAUUGUGUUCCAAAAUAUUCCAGUCAACUACUGGGCUCUACCAGUGUUUCACGAGCUACUUUUUACUGGGCUUCUUCUUAAAAAGGACGAGCCACUAAAAGUUCUAGAGCAAACCUUAGGAUGUCUACUCGCUCCUUACGGCGUCUCCGCAGUUACCGAGCAGGAAGGUCUACACCUGAUGGCGCAGCCGAUGGGUUUAAUCGGUAAAGUGCUCCGAAGUAGCACAAGUGACAACAACCUAUUCGGUGUGACUGUGUCUUUAAAUCUGGACCUCCUCGCCGUGCUCAUGUUCUCACUUCCAGACUGGCGUCUGCUCUGGUCACCCGACCCACGCUUCUUGCAACAGUUUGUCCUCCGGCCAGCUCCCGGGACACCUUUCACCACAUAUUGCCUCUUCCCUGAGCUCUACAGCUUCGACAUCAGUUUCUGGACGGGCACGGCGUGGGAGAACAAGAAGUUUCACGCCUUGGUCCGAGAGGCCUCCUGCGGGACGGUGGAGCACAUUAAACUAAUCGAUAAGUUCUCGCAUCCCGAUUUGAGCCAGACCAGCUACUGCUACAGGCUUAUUUACCACUCGCACACACACGCUUUGUCACACACCCAAGCCCUUCAGUUCCACAAACGUUUGGAGGAAUUGCUGUCAUUACGCUUGGAUGUCACAAUCCGGUAGCAGCUAAAACCCUUCACUUUGGCUAAAUAUGAUUUUAGAGACGUUACAUUAAAUUAUUUAAAUUUUGCAGAGCAAAUGGAAACUAAGACUGCAAACAGGACUGAACGGGACCUCACAGUUUGGCGCUACUUGGACGGCACGCAGGUCAGGGUGCUGGCAGAUCGUUCUCCUCUCAUCAUCUCAUGACAACUUGCUCGAAACUUGCCUCUUUCUUUGGGAUUAGAAAUACAUUCACACACCUAGGUGAAAAAAAACAUAUUGAAGAGGGUCCUACAAAAAAGGAAGCGGUACUACGCUGUGCAGCCACGCCCUUAUUCACAACCAAAAUGAAUCUUCGAUUAAAAUAAUAAAAGUAAUAAUAAUAAUCCUUUGCAUUACAAAAGGGCUCUAACGCCGGUUGGUGCUCGGGCCCUAAUACCGUAAUUUUCAGACUAUAAGCCACUACUUUUUUUCCUUCAUUUUGAAUCCUACAGUUUAUAGUCCAGUGAGUCUUAUUUGUUGAUUUAUUUUGGGUUAAUAUGUAACACUAACUCAAUUUAAGUCCAGCUUGGAUCUUUUACAUCCAUUCAAAAGUGAGAUAAUUUGCCGGACAACACUAAAUGUUAUAAGCACUCGCGACAGUGUCAUGUCAUAACUAUGAUUGUCUUAUGGCGCCACUGCCAAAAAAAGUGGUACCAAAUACUAUAACUAGCAAUUAAUGAAACAACUGGAACAGUAACGGAAGAAAUAAUUAGCACAGAACAUGAAUUUUGAUUGUCAUUUAUAUCUGUAGCGCUGCAAUGCAUGCUAGAAGGCAUGUUGGACAACAACAGGGCUGGCAGCAGGUGCCAGCUGAGGUUGACAUUCAACUGUCUCCCCCAAGGGAGCAGUGAUGGCCAUAUAAAGCUUCUUGAAGCAAUAAAGCAUGGUGGUUCAUUUGGUCUUAUGACAGUCGUAUGAUGUCGCUGUCAAAUAAAGUGUUACCGGUUAACAUCUUUUGGUGUAAAUAUCCCAUAAUACAGUGAGGACAGAUGCAGCUUAUUGUCCAGUGCGGCUUAUCUAUGAACAAAUGACUUUUUCAUAUCAAAUUUGGUAAGUGGUGGCUUAUAGUCAGGUGUGCCUUAUAGUGCGAAAUUUACGGUAAUAAUAAUGAUAAUCCAUUGCAUUACAAUAGGGCUCCCGCACGCUUGGUGCUCGGGCCCUAAUGAGACCCCAAUACUGGUGUUUUAUCAUUCAAAUAUUUAUUAGUCAAUAUUAUUUCUUUCAUGUUUGAGUGAGAGACUAGUCAAAUGACAAAGUGUAAAAAGUUAGUUUCUAUGAAUAGCAUGCUUCAUCCAUAAACUGGAAACGCAAGGAACAAAUGCACAUAAUGAAGAGCAUUAUGUAAACUUCAGUACUGUACACAGUUAUUUGUUUACAAUAAAGGGCAUUUGAAAGGAUUGCAAGGCUUGUUUUGCUUUGGAAUGUACAUACAACAAUGAUAUGUGUUAUUUUAGUAGGAUCAUUCUUUUGCAGUCAAAAUUAUUAAAAUUUGAAGAUUUAGAGAGCUACAACUACACUUCUCACUCAUUUUGAAACAUUUACUCCAUUACAUUUACUUGAGUAACUUUUUGAGAAAAAUGUACUUCUAAGAGCAGUUUUACGAAGCCAUACUUUUUACUUGAGUAGAUUCGAAACGCUACUCUUACUCCGCUACUUUGGGCUACACAACUCGUUCCAUUUUUCCUCUUAAUUCUCCAUAUUAAGAUUUUCCUUUUUUUUGCCAGCGAUGCCAACAGUAGCUCUACCAGUUUCACCAAUGACA